AUGAUCCACCUUUUAUUCCUAGCCUCUUCCCUAUUCGUUCUUCAAGUCUCCACACAGCUGAGCGCCUAUGAAACAUGGACAACUGACUACAUUCGAUACUGCGAGAUGAUCCAAUCCACCAACGCCGCGACACCUCUGUAUAGAGGUGUGGCUUGUGGAAGGGACGCUUGGAAUGUGAUGAGUACUUUUUUUCCCCUCCGAAUCACUUCGACGAUGACAUUGGGUCUCAUCAAUGUGGCGUAUAUUACGACGACCGCUCUGACAGAUCAAUCCGGGUUUUGGAACACUUGCAAACCGUAUAUGGUUCGAUUGUUCGACGGACUUUGGAGUGACGUUACCAAAGCCUGUACACUUCUCGUCAACCCUCCCUGGGGAUUCCCAAACUGCACGCAGGACUACGACGGCGCGUUUGUGUACCGCAGUGGCAGCGGCUACUGUAUGAAGUCUAAAGUUUGUGGAGCCACGGUGGAAAUUGAUUUUCUCAAGAGCGCUGAUAAUUCUUCUAUUAUCUACACCUGGACCACAACCGAAUCUGAAGCGCUGAUUGCUCAGGGCUACACAAAAGUUGGCAAUUGCUAUGGCUACAGUCUUCUACCAAACCCCGCAGCUUCUAAUGCAAAUCUUAUGAACGAGUUGUCGUUUCCCUAA